AUGGCCACUCAAAAGCCUUCAAAGAAGGUAUAUCCAAUCACAACAUUUAUCUCAGACCUACCGACCUCUCUUAUCCCACAAUCUUCUUCCUCAUAUUUGGAAAAUGGCACUCAGAGCCGACGCUUGGUUAUUGUGGGCGACGUACAUGGAAUGAGAAAGUCCCUGGAAAAUCUCCUUGAGAAAAUCGGAUUUGACAAAGCCAAAGGAGAUCAUCUUAUUUUGGCUGGCGACAUUACCAAUAAAGGGCCUGAUAGCUCUAGUGUCGUUGAUUUGGCGAUCAAACUAGGCGCCAGCGCAGUACGAGGCAAUCACGACAAUGCAGUCCUUGAUGCGGCAGCCGAGAUAGUCGCUAAUGGAGGCAUUGAUCGGUUCAAGGGCUUGAUUGAUGCAUUGUCUACGCCUGAUACUCCUCGAGGUGAUCUGCCCAAAGACACAGCUCCUACUGAAGGCUCAGAGAAAACCGGACCUGCUACAACCAACAUUAGUCUUCGACAUGGCGCAACAACAUAUAGAACAGCAUUCCAGCUUUCUGCUCACCAAAUAAAAUGGCUUGCUGCAUUGCCAUUGAUAUUGCGCAUCCAGCUACCUCAGAAUCUACCGUCCUCCCUCGGCAACAGUCUCAUCGUCGCACAUGCGGGCCUAGUUCCCGGUAUCCCACUCGAAGAGCAGGACCCCCAUGCUGUACUACAUAUGAGGAGCCUUAUCCGGAAGCCAGGUGAGGAAGAAGGUUACACGCCAGAUGAAUCCUUUGGAGAAGAAGGCUGGGCCGCGGAAUGGGAUCGAUGGCAAGACAAGCUCGCAUCACCGACUACUGUGGUGUUUGGACACGAUGCAAAGCGCCGUUUGCAGCUGGGUAGGUAUACUGUUGGGCUGGACACAGCUUGUUUAUACGGGAACCAGCUCAGUGCACUUGUGAUCUCGGUCAACGAUGCCGAAAUCGAACAUCAGAUUAUUUCAGUCGAUUGUGCGGAUACACCUGUGGCCCCAGCAGCGCCGGUCAAAGAAGAUAACAAGGCGGCCGUUGAUAAGUAG